GGUAACGCGCGUCAGGGCGGCGGGCGCAGGCCGCAGGCGGCGCGGGGAGCCCCGUCCCUCAGCGCGGCCGUUACCCCUCAGCGCGGCCGCCAUUGGCUGCCGCCGGGGGGGGAGCAUGGCCGCGGGGCGCCGCGGGGAGGCGCGGAGCGGAGCCGGGCUGCCGCGCCCGCGUAGGCCGGCCCCGCGCUGCCCUACCCGGCUCGGCCCGGCCCCGCCGCGGCGCGGAGCCGGAAGCCGCGCCGAUGAGCUGGGUGCGGCGUUGGGCUGCGCGAUCGGCGGGGGGUGGCGGCAGCCUCGCGCUGUGGCCAGUGACCCCGGCCGGCCGAGGAUGAUCACGAACACGAGGGGCUUCUUGUGGUCGGACCUGGAGACGCGGGCGCUGCUGGAGAUCUGGGGCGAGGCGGACGUGCAGUCGGCGCUGGACGGCAACUUUCGGAACAGCCAUGUGUACCGGGACGUGGCGUGCCGCCUGGCCGAGCUGGGCUUCGAGCGCACCCCGGAGCAAUGCCGCAUCCGCAUCAAGGGCCUCAAGCGGCAGUACUACCAGGCCCGGGACGGGCUGAAGAAGAACGGGCACGCCCGCAAGAUCUGCAAGUACUACGACGAGAUGGACCGAAUCCUCAGCUGCCGGGGGGGGCCCGACGGAGCCCCCGAGCCGCCGCCCCCGCUGCCCGACGGUCCGCAGCCCCUCGGAGGGCCGCCCAGCCCGGGCGCGCUGCACAACGGCCGCGAGAACGACCCCGAGGCGGACGAGGACGCCGGGCUCGAAUCCCCCCGCGACAACUUCGCCGAGGACUCCGGGGAGUGCUCCUCGUACGCCGAGCGCCCCAUCAAGGUGGAGUGCCCCCCCUUCGCCAUCCCGGUGCCGCCCGGAGACGGCUUUAAAGAAAUGAGCGCUCCGACAGUUACCCCGCCUCUCACUCAGCCCAAAAGAUCAAAAAAGCGCCAUGCGAAUUUAACGCUGGAUAAAAUGAUGGAGAAAUUCCUGCAGCAGAGCGUGGAUACGGAAGAAAAAUUUUAUAGAUACGAAGAGCAGAGGCUCAAAAUCGAGGACAAACGUCGUGAAGCUGAGCACGCUCGAGAGCUCCAGAUGCUGCAGAUGUUGGGACAGAUGUUGUCAGGAAUUUCUUCUACGGUAUCACAAAGGGCACAGUCUAUACCAACGAGUCCACCUCAGAGAGCAAACCAUCGUUCAUAUGGGGAUAACUUUAAUUAUAAUGCUAUGACAGCAGCACUUUCUCCACCGAUAGUUAUAGAGAGAUCUUUUUCACUGCACCGAAAUCACACUCUAAAGGAUAUGGAGAAUAUUUUUCAACUGGUGCGCAAUGUUAUCCCUCCUCUAACCGGGAAAAGGCAUAAAGGUCAAGAUGGACGUAUAGGCAUUGUUGGAGGAUGUCGAGAAUACACAGGAGCACCAUAUUUUGCUGCAAUUACAGCUCUCAAAGUGGGUGCAGAUUUAUCCCAUGUGUUUUGUACCAAAGAUGCAGCAACAGUAAUCAAAUCAUAUAGUCCCGAGCUGAUUGUUCAUCCAGUUCUUGAUAGUCCCAAUGCUGUCCAUGAGGUGGAUAAGUGGUUACCACGACUGCACUCAGUUGUCAUAGGACCUGGCUUAGGCAGAGACGAAGCUCUACUUGAGAAUGCUAAGGCUAUUAUAGAAAAAUCAAAACUGAAAGGAAUUCCUAUCAUUAUCGAUGCCGAUGGACUGUGGCUUAUUUCCCAGCAGCCUUCUCUUAUUCAAGGGUACCAGCGAGCUAUUCUUACUCCAAACUAUAUGGAGUUUAGCAGACUAUAUGAGGCCAUGCUUAGAGACCCCGUAGACAGUAGUGAUCAUCAUGGAUGUGUUUUAAGACUCAGCCAAGCCCUGGGGAAUUUGACAGUUGUUCAAAAGGGAGAACGAGAUCUUAUUUCAGAUGGAGAGAAAGUGCUUGUAUGCAGUCACGAAGGAAGCAGCCGGAGAUGUGGGGGACAAGGAGACCUCCUUUCUGGUUCCCUUGGAGUCUUAGCGCACUGGGCAUUUCUGGCUGGAGCAGAAAAAACAAACGGUCAAAAUCCCUUCCUCGUGGCUGCGUUUGGAGCGUGCUCUCUGACGAGGCAGUGCAACAACCAGGCCUUCCAAAAACUGGGACGUUCAAUGACCGCCUCUGACAUGGUUUCAGAAGUCGGAACAGCUUUUAGCAAACUUUUUGAAACCUGAAGUCAAAGCAGCAGAGGAGGAAGACCGACGACUGCGAGAGUCAUUGCAUUUACAGUAGAAUUUAAGUAAUGCACCCUUCAAGUGCUGUAGCAGCAGCGGUAUGCUAGGUAGAUGUUUUUUUUUAUUUUUAAGAAUAGAAAAAUAUGAUUAAUGUAGAUAUUUUUUAAGAGUUUGGAAUACAGAAAUGUUUUGGCUGAAAUAAGCUGUAGUUGCAGAUCUGUUAUAAUAUAAUAAAACUAAGCUGAAAGUAUUCCUCUGUUCUUUUUGAUAGUUAUUGAGCAAUAACUGAAAUAUGAACAGCAAAACAAUGCACUUGAGACUUAGGUAAGAAUAAAAUUCUUCCACCAGCUCAACCGAAUCUCCUAGAUUGCACCACGGUUGUCCUGAGCUCAUCCUUAGCCCCUCUGUCUAGAAUCUAACGAUUGCACUUCAUGUUUUGCCAUGUAGUAUAGUCACUUUAAGAAGCAGAAAGUCAGCCUCCUUGGAAAGGGAAUGCAUGAGCGUUGCUUUAGAUGUUGAAUGUAACUAGUUGCCUUUUCCAUUCCCAGUCCCAGAGGCAGCAUUCAUUUUGACCGGACAUCCUUCCUGCAAGGUCUCGGCUUCGGGAAGAUUCCCCCAUUGCACAAUAAGGAUAUACUGUAGGUAUAUUAGUAUGAAACAGCAUUUAUGCUUACCUGAGAGAAGAACUUUUUUGUAGUCCUUUAGCUGGUCUCAGUCAUCCGGAACUGGGCACGACGAAUUGUGUCACGUUCUCCUUCAGAGAGGUGCUGGGCAGGGUAGGAACGCCGUGCCACCGAACCGACCUGCUCGGGCUCUUGGGUGUAAUGGCAAAGUGUUUCAGAACUCAAAUAGCUGCUGAACUGCAGCUCUGAGAACACGAGCACACGUAUACGUAGGUCAGUACAGGAAUAUGAACUGGAGGAACUAACAGCAGACAGCAGCACCUAUCCGCACAGUCAGAGCUAAGGCAGGCAGCUGUGCUCUGUGAGCCACAGGAAGGAACAGAAGAAUGGUGGCAGGUGCCAAAGCUCAGUGUGGGGCGGCUGUGCAGGGAGAUGACCAAGACAGGUCUGCCUACUGGUUAUGGACAUACUUGGCUGGCUCAGUGGCAGAACAGCUCCUCUCUGACAUAGGGUUUGAAUGCUGGGUACUCCUGUGUGGAGCCAAGAAUUGGACUUGAUGAUCCCUGUGGGUUCCUUCCGAUUCGAGGUACUCAGUGUUGGAUAUAAAGGGGAAGCUGAAUGGGAUGCUGCAUAACAACCAUCUCUUGUAUUUUUGGAAAUUCAAUCACAGCUUGCGAGGAUUGACCCAAUGUGGAGAGAGGAGCGAGUUCACUCAGAGCACUCGGGGAGCUGGCAGCAAGUGGUGCUGCCGCUGAACCUACACUGUAGCUCCAGCUGUACACACUCAUUAAAGCGCAGGAACAAGCACACGAUGGUGUGCCUUGUUGUUAGAACAGGUGUUAAAUAUCCAUUGCAACCACUGUUUCCCAGCUCCAGAGCGGGGCACAGUGACACACACGCGAGGCAGAUCGCAUCCUCGUACCUUGCAAUAGCCUCCCACAGAAAGCAGCUGGCUUCAGGCUGCUCUGCCUAUCGCCCCUCUGGCCCUUAGCAUUACUACUUCUGUAUGCACUGUGACUACUACCUCACCCCAACGCGUUUGGUUUUUCUUUUUAACCCAGUUAGCUAUUUUGUACAAUGGGUUUUUAAAUGUUUGCUCAUUCUGGUCUAUGAGGGUUCACAGACUUCUUAAAUUAGAGCCUGUCUACUCCUAAGAGAUGCAUUUCUGGUGUUUAAGCAGAUUUCUACCCUCCCGGCAUGCUGGGGGGAACCGACGUACCGUGAUUGUCCCCCCUUCAUUCGAGAAGCCCAACUCCUUUCAAAACAAACGAUCAGAAAGUGAACUGAUUUAAAACAGCUACUGGAUUUCCUGCAAAACACUGAGAAAAAGGUUUUGUACGUAGAACAUCAGUGGCAGUGUAUCAAAACGGCAUUAUGGCAAAAUGGCAUUUGUAGGCCAAGCCAAUGGACGUCCAUCAGCACAGACCUCAACCUGCCACGUUGCUUUUAAGUCCACACAAGAGUUGUAACUUUGUUAUUCACCGAUGUACUCAAAUAAUUGUUACAAUUUUUGAACAUUCUGGAAAUGUAGCAAUUCCUUUCAGUAGGAAAUAAAAACAUAGCAACUUAA